AUGGAUGAUGAUAUAGAAAUCGAGCGUAUGCUAGAAGAAAAAAUGCAGGAAGACGUACAAAAAAAAGUACAAGAACAAACAAUAAAUAAAAAUGGUGAAAAAAAGGACAAAGACAAAGAUAAAGACAAGAAAAAUAAAAAACAUCACAAACAUCAUAAACAUCAUAAAUCACAUAAAAGUGAGAAAAAGCAUGAACACAAACGGAGUCGAUCACCAAAACGUAGUCGUUCACCAGUUGCUGAACGUCGCCAUCGUACACCAACACCACCGCCAACAACAUUGGCUAGUGGAAAACGACGAGAUGUUAAUUCUGAAUUGCAUCAAUUAGCCAAAACAAUAAGUCGUGAAAAACAACCAAAAGAAAAUCCACCAGCAUCGAAAUCAGGUCGAAGAGAAAAAUCACCUGAAUUAACACCAGAAGAACGUGAUCUUCGAACUGUAUUUUGCAUGCAAUUAGCAGCACAGAUUCGUCCACGUGAUCUUGAGGAAUUUUUUUCUCGUGUUGGUAAAGUUCGUGAUGUUCGUUUAAUAACGGACCCUCGCACACGUCGAUCAAAAGGUGUUGCAUAUGUUGAAUUUCGUGAUUUAGCCUCGGUUCAAGCAGCUCUUGCUUUAUCUGGUGAAAAACUUCUUGGCAUACCAAUUAUCAUUAAACCAUCAAAUGCUGAGAAGAAUCGUUUGGCAGCUCAAGCAGCUGCUGCUCAAAAUUCUGCCAUGACUAAUGGUGUAACAUCACAAGCUAACUCAAUGAUUCCAACUCAUGGACCCAUGAAAUUAUAUGUUGGAUCACUUCAUUUUAAUAUAAGUGAAGAUAUGUUAGCAGGAAUAUUUGAACCAUUUGGACGUGUUGAUAGUGUUACACUUAUGAAAGAUCCUGAUACUGGUCGUUCACGAGGAUAUGGUUUUAUUCAAUUUGCUCAUGCUGAAGAUGCUAAAAAGGCAAUGGAAAAUUUAAAUGGUUUUGAAUUAGCUGGUCGACCUAUGAAAGUUGGCCAUGUUACUGAACGAGCCGGUGAAAUUACAGGUCCCAAUGGUGUUAGUUUUCCAUCGUACACCACUGGCAUUUCAUCAGCAUUUACAACAUCAGCAAAUCUUGACUCAGAUGAUCUUGAUCAACGUGGUAUUAAUUUAGGUGCAACAGGACGUUUAGCUUUAAUGGCUAAAUUAAGUGAAGGUAGUGGCUUACAAAUGCCCAAACAUGCUAUGGAUGCUUUACAAGCUGCCCAUAUGCAAGCAGCUAGUUCGCAACAUGUUCGCAUACCUGAACCGCCUAAUCCACAACAAUUGGCAACAGUAACAGCUGUUGGUACACAAUGUUUUAUGCUUUCAAAUAUGUUUGAUCCAGUUGCUGAAUCAAAGAAUCCUGGUUGGACAAAUGAAAUACGUGAUGAAGUUGUUGAAGAAUGUAAUAAGCACGGUGGUGUUGUUCAUAUAUAUGUUGAUGAAAAAAGUCCCGAUGGAAAUGUUUAUGUUAAAUGCGCAACAAUAGCUAGCGCUAUCAACGCUGUCAAUGCGCUUCAUGGUCGAUUUUUUUCCGGUCGUACUGUCAUCGGCAAUUAUAUCCCAACUCAAUCUUAUCAUAAACUAUUUCCUCAAUCAGCUACAACGAUUGCACCAUUGAAAACUUCGCAUUAA